AUGAAGUUCUUUAGCUGCCUAGCUCUGCUGGCCACCGUGGCCACACUAGCCUCGGCGAACCACGAGAUUCGCAUUCACAACAACUGCAAACACCGCAUUUGGCCGGGUCUGCUGAACAAUCCGGGCAAGGCACUGCCUGAUGCGGGUGGAUUUCCCCUAGAUGCCGGACACACCCACGUCAUUCACGUCAGCGAUGGUUGGGCCGGUCGAGUCUGGGCACGAACUGGCUGCAACGGCGCUGGCCACUGUGAGACGGGAGAUUGCGGCAACAAAAUCCAGUGCCACGGAGCAGGCGGCCGACCGCCGGUCUCUCUGGCCGAGUUCACCUUUGACGGCCACGGCGGCAUGGACUACUACGAUGUCUCCCUUGUCGACGGCUACAAUCUGCCCAUUCAGAUCACACCUAUUGCCGGCACCUUCCGCAAGGUGGGCAACUCUCACUACGACUGCAAUGCUGCCGGCUGCCACGGCGAUCUGAACGGCCACUGCCCACAUGAGCUG